AUGCUGACCAAGGUCUUCAUUCCAAAGUACUGGAACAAGGGCAAGGGCAAAUCCCUCCUCCAAUUUUUCUACAUACCAGCGGUCAAGAAACCUCCACCUGCUCAUCCUGAACAAUCAGCCACACAGGAUGCCAAAACCCCAGACUCUCCCUUGCCACCUGUUGUUUCUUCUACUCCUCCAGAACCAACACCAGCCAACUCAAUCAGCAACCAACCCUCCUACGGAGCCUUCAGCUCGGCGAAACUUUCUGCAUCUGAACAGCCCCUUGUCACUGAGUCGUUUGAUUGCAGUGCAUGGCUGGCGGCAAUGGAUGUGGAACUGAACCAAGGCCCAGCCGGUCUCUUCCAAAUAAUCCUACCAGGCCCAAUUGAUGGCUUCUAUGUGUUUGUGGUGCGCCAAAAGUUUGCCUCAUUGGCACAGGAAGUUCUCAAGAACCUGGCGGCCUUCCUUAUUUCCCACCUUGAGUUAUGGCAGGACCUAAAGCACCAGAGGAAGACAUGCCAUAUAUGGCUCUGCCUGGACCAUUCUAAUCAAACGGUUACCAACACUAUGACCUGGGAUCAAAGCCAACAUCAUGCAAUCUCGGAGUAUGGGCGGGACAUAGAUCAAAUGGAGAAGGAUGAUAUUGAGUGGAUCGAGAAGCUCCUGGCGGCAGUUCAGGCUUCUCUGGAAUUUGAAUGA